CUUAGAGCAACUUCAUUUUUAGAGAUUGUUAAAGGAGGAUCAAAACACCCCCAACAGACUCCUCCAUCACCUCUCUUUAUAAAUCAUUGUAUUACUUAAAAACAGCAUAAAAUGAAGUUCUCUCCAUUACUUCUAUAUUUUGCUUUGGUCUAAAAUACUUUAAAAGGCAACUCGUUUUUCCUCAUCUCUUCUCACCAUCUCAUCAGCUCUUCUCGUUCCCAUUCUCCACUCAAUAUUCACCUUUUUUUCACAUCUUUACUAUCGCAAACUAUUUUUUGUAAUCGCUUUCCUAUAGAAUGUUUUCUUUCUCUAGCAUAGAUAAUGACACACAAAAUGAUCUCCAACGCAAUAUAGAAAAAGCCAAAGACAAAGACAAAGACAACAGCUAUACUAAGGACACCAAAGAUGACAAUAUAAAAUUAUCCAUUCCAUCUGAUAUACCCUCUAUUAAUGAAGAUGACUAUGUCUCCAUAAUUUUUCCUGACAUAAACGCUUUUAACUAUUUUAAAAAUGAACUAAGCGAUUUAUCUAAAAACUACAGCUUUUUUAUAAACCAUUAUGAACUUCAAAUUCAGGGUUUUGAAUCCUAUUUAAUUGAACAAUGGCUAUACUACAGAAAAAUAGGCACUCUAAUCACAACUUAUACUGGAAAUCCCAAUGACAAAAUUAUUUCAAUCUUUGUCAAAUUUAAUAAACGUUUAUUGAAAUUAUCCAAAAAUUUAACCAACUAUAUCAAUGAAUUGAAACAGUUCCAAAUAACUAAAAAAUUCAAUUAUAAUAACUUAGCCUAUCUUUACAUCGCAAAUUUAUCCUUUUUUUUCAAUGAUGAUAACAACCUAAACUUAAACCUUCUAAAGAUCAAUAACAACCUAAUCAACUCGAAGGACUUGUUUUUAAUUUAUAACCAAUUUAUAACCAAUUUUAAUCUUAAAAAAUUGAGUUGCGGCUCAAGAUCUGCUUUGAUUCACAAUAACCCUUCUUCUGCUUCCAUCUUGAAAUUCAAUCAAAUGUUUAAAAUAAACAACAAUACAAACACCAAAUCAAGCGAAAAUGAAUUAAACAACUCAAUUAAUACCUCCAAUCCCACCUCAAAUGAUCACACCCCAAUAAACAAUAACAACUAUAUCACUCAUCUUCAAAACAAUAAAAAUCUGAACAAAAAUAAUAAAACCAUUACUAUAGAUAAAUCAGUUAGACUUUUAAUUUUUUUUCUCAAAAUCUCUUUAUAUUACUUACAACUACUACCUUCAAUCUACAUUCAAGACUCCUUAAUUUGUGAAAAAACUGAAUUGGCCAUAAAAAAUUGGUGGAAUCUUUUUGGCUCAGUUUACUUUAAAAAUGAAUUAAUUAAAAAAAAGUUAAAUUACCAAAAGAUCAUUUCAAAUCAGAUUAAUUACCAACUAUCCAUCCCUGCAAUUCUAAGCUUUACUAUAAACAUUUACUUGAGAUUGUUUGUUCUAAUAUCAAAAUCAAACGAUAACAAGUUCCUUAAAAAGGAUCCCUUUGAUGUUCUCAAUUUCAUCAACAUUAUUUAUCAAUUUCAAAAAAUACAUAAAUUACCUCAAACUAAUUACCUAGAUAAUGAUACUAUUAUAAAUAUAAUAUCUCUAAGCAAUUCCAAAUUUAACAAUGAUAUCAAAUUUAAAAAAUUCUUAAAAAAUCACAUCGUGUCUUCAAAAUUAAACCUAAAUUAUAUCGAUUUAACUAAAAAAAAUUUGAGCAAACUAAAAAAUAACAUUUCAACUUCAAAUAAUUCAAUGCAACUUCCCUCAAAUUCUGAUUUUAAACCUUUUCAGCCCCCUAACAUCAAAAUUUCCACUGUUACUUCUUUAAUUAUCAAUUCUCCUCCCAACUCCUCAAUUACCUCAAAUUCUAUUCCAAUAAAUAAUAAUUUAUCUCCUUCAAAUAUAAGCCCGUCAAAUAUCCAGCCAUCGUCCGAUUCAAAUUCACUGUUAAACAAUAAUAGCAAUAACAAUAUCAGCAUAAAUACUUUUCCAUCCCCAAAUAUCUCACCAAGUCAUAAUCAUUCAAAAUCUUCUUCAAGCUUAAACUUGAGUCUUUCUAUCAAAAAUGAUAAGACAAAAUCCGAUAAAUCUAAAUCUGAAUCAAAAUCUUUUUCAAAUUUUUGUUUAAAUGAUUUAAACUCAUUUGAUGACUUGGUAUUUCUUGAUAUUAAUAAAUUUUUGUAUAUAAUUCAAGGAAAAAGAUUAAAACAUCUAUGGUAUGGAGCCGGUUCAGAUUAUGAUUUUGAUUCUUCAGUAUUUAAUCAGGUAGAAACCAUUUUUUUCACUUUACCUGCAAAUAAUACGAUAAAUCAAAAUGAAAAGUCUAAUUUGAAUUCAAGUUCUAAUCAGUAUAAUAUUCAUCUAAAUCAUCAUCAACACCAUCAUCAUUUCAAUAACAGUGUUCCAAAUGAAAUAAAUCACAAUCCCAGUUCCUCAUACUCUGAAGGAAUUUCGAAUUUAAAUUCAAUUAAAUCUAAAGGCAAGAAAUUGAUAAAAGAAAAAUUUCAUAAUAGAGCUAAAUCUACCGCACUUGACAUCAACUAUAAUCAAACUUAUUAUGAUGAUUGUGAAUACUGUAAUGAAUCGUUAGUGAAUGAUUUAAAAGUUGAUAAAAAUGAUUGCAAUGUGAGUAUCUCCUCAGAAAUAAAUAAUAGUAAUAGUGACGAAGAUAAAUCAUCUAAAAAUGACAUUAGGAUUAUUAAGAUUGGUUUGGAUGAUAAAGGUAAUAAUAAAAGUGAAUCAAAAAAUGAAGCUAAAAACGAAAGCCCGUCUGAAAGCGAAUAUGAAAAUGAACAAGCUACUUAUACAAAACUCGAGGAUGAAAUCAAUAAAGACUUUGUCAUAGAAUUAACUCGAAGAUCGUCAUUUCCAUUUAUUAGAAGGGAAAUUAAUGCUAUUCAAAUAGAAUACGAUCAUGCUUACAUAAAUAAAUUAUUAUUCAAAAGAAAGCGUACAAAUAAUGAAAAUGACACUAGUGACAUUAAAUCAUUUAGUGAAAUAGAAGAAAAUUUAAAAGUCAAUCAAUGGGAUUAUCCCUUUGAUUCUUCAAUUGAAUUUAUUUCCAGAUUAGCGAUUCAAAAUAAAAUUAACAAUUUAGAACUUUCGAAUAAAUAUCACAAUGAAUUCAAAAGAUUUGAACUAAAAUUAAAUGAUCUAUAUUUAAAAUGCACAUCAAGGUUUUUGGAACUUACUGAAUUAAUCAAGUCAUUGAAUUCGGAUAUCGAUUUAAACCUAAAGCUAAAUAACAAUAAGUUUUUGAAAAAACUAAAUGAAAUCGAAACUUUGUACGCCAAGCUAAAGUAUGAAUAUCGUGUUUUAAAAAUACGACUUAGAGAUCUUGAUGUCUCUACAAAUGAGCUUGAUAAUAAGAUAGAGUACCUUGAAAACCGUUUAGCAAGAGCCAAGCUAACUUAUCUUGGAAUUGUUAAGGAGGUCAGUAAGGAUAAUAGAUCUAAAGCUGAUAGAACAUAUGAAAAUUUAUUGCUAGAUAUACAACAGUUUAUUAGUGAUUAUGGAUUCAGUAUUCCUGUUGAUGAGUUGAACUGUUUGGAUACAUCACUAAUCGACAAGACAGUCAAUGAUCCAAAAUUCCUACAAAGCUGCACGCUAAGAACAAACGAAAUCCUUAAACAUCUUGGUGAUGCUGAACAAAACAAGAGUAUCACGCCUGUUCCGAGUUCGGAUGCCAACGAACAAGAAAAAACAGCCCAAAUCAACGGCUAUUUCAGUUAUAUAACAAAUUUCUUUAUCCAAAUCAAAAAAAGGUGCCAUCUAAUCAAAAAGAAAUAGAUUGUUUUUUAUUUUUUGUCUUUCUAACCUUCCUCUAAGGAUCUUCUCAAGAUCCUUUAAUUUCUAAUUCUUUUUUGUCACUUGUAUUUUUUAUCUCUAGAUUUUUGUUUUGUUCUUCCUGUUUUAUACCCACUCCCAGCGUUUCCAGCUCCUAAUGAUAUAAUAACACACACCCUGCAGAAGCACCAA